AUGUGGGACCAAGUAAGAUUGACUGGAAACGGACGGCAGGUUCCCCGGCCUGGAGAAGACGGCCAUGGUCAGAGCAGAGGGACCCCGCCUUGCGCGGCCCCGGACCCCGGGCCCCAGCGCGGGGGUGGGGAAGGGCCGGGGGAGGAGGGGGAGGCCGCGCACCCCCCGGGUGCUCCCCCGCUUAGGGGAGCGCUGAAUCCCCGGCCGGGCUGGGCAAGCCCAGGAUCCGCUCCCCGAGGUCUGGCUAACCAGCACUGCGCCUCGGUGACCCCCGUCUUCCAGCCGCGGGAGGCGGCGGAAACGUUUGAGGAUGCUGGCUCCGUCCUCGGGGGGGGGGGGACUGGAGACAUAGAAAGGCUGGGGAGGUUCCUCUGGUCGCUGCCGGUGGCGCCAGGGGCAUGCGAGGCCAUCAACAAGCACGAGUCCAUCCUCCGCGCCCGGGCGGUGGUGGCCUUCCACACGGGCAACUUCCGAGACCUCUACCACAUCCUGGAGAACCACAAAUUCACCAAGGAGUCCCACGGCAAGUUGCAGGCCAUGUGGCUCGAAGCGCACUAUCAGGAGGCCGAGAAGCUAAGGGGUCGCCCGCUGGGGCCGGUUGAUAAAUACAGGGUGAGGAAGAAGUUUCCGCUGCCCAGGACCAUUUGGGAUGGCGAGCAGAAGACGCACUGCUUCAAGGAGAGGACUCGCAGCCUCCUGAGGGAGUGGUACCUGCAGGACCCUUACCCCAACCCCAGCAAGAAAAGGGAACUGGCUCAGGCCACGGGGCUCACCCCCACGCAAGUAGGCAACUGGUUCAAAAACCGAAGGCAAAGAGACAGAGCGGCGGCGGCUAAAAACAGGCUCCAGCACCAGGCGAUAGGACAGAGCGGCAUGCGGUCGCUGGCAGAGCCCGGCUGCCCGACACACAGCUCGGCCGAGUCUCCGUCCACGGCUGCCAGCCCGACCACCAGCGUCUCCAGUUUGACAGAAAGAGCCGAGACGGGCACCUCCAUCCUCUCGGACAAGCACGAUUUCUCCUUUGCGCUUUUCCAUGGACGCAUUUCACCCACUUGCAUGAUGAUGAUGAUUAAAUUUGUAUCUGGGAAAAAAUAUUCUCUAUAGUAAAGGAAAACAAACAGAAACCAGACAAACAAAUGCAAACUCCGAUCGAAUUUGUAUAAAAAUCAAAAAUAAAAAAAAAUUUAAAAGGAACUCCUUGAAGAGGGAAAUAACAAAUGUUUAUCGCCUUUUUGUUGGUCCUAUUUCUCUCUCUCUCUUCCUUUCUCCUUCUCUCUCUAUUUUUUUUUUUUUUAGUCCAAGUGAUGGUCCAGCCAAGAUGCAAUUUUCUGUUUUUUUGUUCUGCAGACAAUCAUUUUAUUCGUAAGCACCUUUUUUUCUACACUUCUGUCACUGCCUGUGUGGGUACUGGUUAUAAAUGUGG